AUGAGGGCCCUGGUCAGCAGAGGACGGCGCUGCCAGGAACCUUGGGGGCAUGCACCUCAGGGUGCGGCGCCAGCUGGCUCCGUCCUCCCUUCUUCCUCUGGGGAGGGUCGGCCUCGCUUACCUAUAAAUGAGGGGCCCGAGUCUGAGUCUGACUGUCGCAUCUGGGGCGGGGACUCAGGACAGCUGCUGGGAGCACCUGAGGCCAGUAGGAGGCCCGUUUGCUUCGUGCUGUUUGUCACCACGCAGCAGGAACGCAGGAAGGUGUGA